AUGGUUGUUAAUCAAUAUUACCAAAAUCCUGCAAUCGAAGAAUAUCCAUUCAAGAAAAUUGAUUAUGAAAAUAAAUUUUAUGCUCAGGCAUCAGAAGCUUCAUCUGAAGUUACAUAUCAUGAAGUAGAGUAUCCCAAACAUGGACAAUUCUUCAUCAGAUUGACAAGAACAAAAAGAGAAUUUGACAUUGAAGCAGGAACAUCUGUUUCAAUUUACUGUGAUGAUUUUGAUGGUAUUGUUGCAGUUGCCAAAUUUACUAAUCAUGAAAAGAAUUUGCUGAGAUUUGGAAUCAUGAAUGUUGCUUUUAAAGAAAAUGGAAAAUUGAUUCUAAGUUAUGAAGGUGUCUUUAAUUCCAAAGUGGCAUUUGUUAAUUUUUACGAGAUGUAUCAAAAUGAUUGCCAACAAGCUAUUGUAUAUGGUUCUUCGUCUGUAACUUUUACAAAUACUGAAGUUACAGAACCAGGUCACAUUCAAGUAAUGUCUGGAAAAUGUCAAACUCUUUACAUUUUCUUCUUUUACAAGGGAACAAAAGUUCGUAUUGAUGAAACCGCUAUGUUUAACGUCGAAUAUAAUUUCCUUUAUGGGGAGGAUACAAGAUAUGUUAGAAGCAAUGAAAAUGAAUUUGAUAAACCAUUAAUGAUUAAAAUUGAUUCUGAGGCAGUUAAGGAUAAAGAUAUCACAAUCAAUAUUGAGAAUCCACAUGCUGUUGAAAAAUCAUAUUUAAUCACUGAAAACAGCACAUACAAAUCUGCCAUUUCUGAAGAUUUAGAUAAAUAUGUAAUCACAUUGGAUGGAGAGAAUAUAUCUGAAACAGAAAAACCAGAACCAGAACCAGAUCCAGAAAAACCUGAUCCGGAGAAACCUGACCCAGAAAAACCAGAUCCAGAAAAACCAGAACCAGAAAAGCCAGAUCCUGAAAAGUCAGAACCAGAAAAUCCUCAACCUGAAAUUCCAAAUAACGAAAAACCUGAAACACCUAAGGAUGAUAAACAAAAUACAAAUGGUGCAAACAAAAAGAAUACUGCUGGAAUAGUUGCUGGAGUACUUGUUGCGUUAAUAGUUAUUGCAGCAGUUUGUAUUAUUGGAUUCAUUAUUUACAAGAGGCGACAAAGUAAAGGUGAAAGUGAAGACAUCCAAUCUGAUGAAAAUAAAUCAGAAGAAAAUAUGGAUGUUUAA